UUGCAAUGCCCCGCCGCCCGCCGGACCUCUUCCCUCCUCACUGGGGCGUAUCUGAACGCGGCUCGCGCGAGUGCGACGUGCCCAGUUAAACCCGGCCUCGCGGGAGGUCCGGGUGGGUUGCUGGAGAAGCCAUAUAUGAAGAGGACGCUCUUCUUCCUCUGGCCUCCUCCUCCCCCUGACCAGCCGCAACUCAGCUGCCCAUCCUUCACAACCGAUAACUUCCUCGUCCAUAAUACCACCAUGAAGGGACUUCUCGGUGCUGCCGCCCUCUCGUUGGCGGUCAGCGAUGUCUCGGCCCACUACAUCUUCCAGCAGUUGACGGCGGGCGGGACCAAGCAUGGUGUGUUCGAGUACAUCCGCGAGCACACCAACUACAACUCCCCGGUCACCGACCUCGCCUCCAACGACCUCAGGUGUAACCUGGGUGGGCUUGCCGUAGGCUCUAGCACAAAAACUCUCUCUGUUCAAGCCGGCUCGUCCUUCACUUUCACUUCGGACGUGGCUGUGUAUCACCAAGGUCCUACCAGUAUCUACAUGUCCAAGGCCCCCGGCGCUGCUUCCGACUAUGACGGCAGCGGCGGUUGGUUCAAGAUCAAGGACUUUGGCCCUACCUUCUCCGGCGGUAGUGCGAGCUGGGACCUCAGCACCACCUACAGCGCCGAGAUCCCCACAUGCAUCCCGGACGGUGACUACCUGAUCCGCAUCCAGCAGCUCGGCAUCCACAACCCGUGGCCCGGUGGAAUUCCCCAGUUCUACAUCUCCUGCGCCCAGGUCACCGUGACCGGCGGCGGCAGCGGCAACCCCGGCCCGACCGUCUCCAUCCCGGGCGCCUUCAAGGAGACCGACCCCGGCUACACCGCCAACAUCUACUCCAACUUCAACAGCUACACCGUCCCCGGCCCGGAGGUGUUCAGCUGCAACGGCGGCGGCAGCAACAACGGCGGCGGUUCCAACCCGGGCGCCGAGGAGCCCACCACCACGCUGGUGACCACCACGCGCCCGCCCGCCCAGACCUCGUCCGUGCCCUCGGGCUGCAGCGUCGAGAAGUGGGGCCAGUGCGGCGGCUCGGGCUACUCGGGCUGCACCACCUGCGCGUCGGGCUCGACCUGCAACGAGACCAACGAAUACUACAGCCAGUGCGUGUAAAUCAUGCCUACCGCCGGCUUCGCGGGGGGCGUAGUGUUAAGAGGAGAUGUGUGAAGAAGAGUGUUGCGUGUAUCAGCGGACACAGGGGAUGGUAACUUGGACAGGGGCGGGAGUGGGGGUGGGCUUCCACUUGACUUGGUUGAGUUUGCCUGCCUGCCUGCUUGCGUUUGCCUGGCAUUCUGUGCAUAUAUUUUAGCUUUUUUGGUAGUAUAUAUUACGCUUUCAACGACCC